AUGCUAAUCACUAAUGCUGCUGUAUUUUUAGAUUCAUUAUUAUAAAAUUAAAUUUAUCAUAGGUUGAGAUUUUUGGACUUACAAGAUACUAUAGCUUUAUAAUUUAUAAUUCUGCGGUUAUUCUUAUAUUAGUUGCUGGUUUGGCAUUUAGACUUCUUUUUCUAUUAUUGA